AUGAGAAGCCUUGUGGUGAAUUCAAAGUACAUCGGGUCUUAUCACUCUCUAACAUACAUACUUACAUACACAUACAAACAGAGAGAGAGAAAGCGAUCGAAAAUGAAUCUCGUUGAAGGAGAGAAACCAUCAAUAAAAGACAAAUGGGCUCCGGCUAUGGCAGUUGUGGUAGCAAACGUAGUGACGGGUUCAGUGAAUGCCGUUGUGAAGAAGGCUCUUGAUGGUGGUGUUAACCAUAUGGUCAUUGGUGCUUAUCGUCUGGCUAUUUCUGCUUUCAUUUUGGCUCCUCUCGCUUAUUUCUUGGAAAGGAAAACAAGACCGAAGAUGACGUAUAGGCUAUUGAUCGAUCAUUUCAUCAGCGGUUUGACUGGAGCGAGUUUGGUACAAUUUUUCUUUAUGCUUGGUCUGUCGUACACAUCAGCAACUGCUUCGGGUGCUUUUCUGAGCAUGAUCCCUGCGAUUACCUUUGUUUUAUCCCUUAUUUUAAGAAUGGAAAGUGUAAGAGAUCUAAAGAGCCAAACAGGAAUGCUAAAAGUGAUGGGAACAUUGAUAUGCGUCAGUGGAGCGUUGUUGUUAACAUUUUACCAAGGUCCUCAGAUAUCACACUUUCACCCUCACCCAGAUGCUCUUCAGAACAACAACCAUCAAACCAAGACAAAUAAUUGGCUUCUUGGAUGUCUCUAUGCUGUUAUAGCAACCUUGUUUUUUUCUAUGUGGAUGCUUUUCCAAGGGACUUUAAACAUUAAGUACCCUUGUAAAUACACGAGCAUUUGUCUCAUGUCCGUUUUCGGCUCAUUCCAAUGUGCUCUCUUGAGUCUCUACAAAAGGAGAGAUGUCAAUGAUUGGGUCAUUGAUGAUGGAUUCGUCAUUUUCGUCAUUAUAUACGCUGGAAUAGUGGGGCAAGCGAUGUCGACAGUAGCAACAACAUGGUCGAUAAAGAAACUAGGAGCCGUUUUCGCGUCAACAUUUAGUCCCAUGAUGCUCAUCUCAGCUACUUUAUUCGAUUUCCUCAUCUUACACACUCCUUUGUACCUCGGCAGUAUAAUUGGAUCCUUGGUGGUAAUAACGGGUCUCUACGUCUACUUGUGGGGUAAGAACAAAGAAAUGAAAGCAGCAGCAACGAUGUGUCCUCCGAUCCAAAACGAAGAUAAAGACGAUACUAGUAAUGACUAUAGCACUAAUAAUAACGGCUCUAGGUUAUCCGUUUAAUAUGGUUUGAAUGAAGAGUACUGAGAUGUAAUAUAGUAGCUCCGUUUAUUCUCGUUAUACUAUGUUUGUAUUGUUUCAGAUUAAUGUGACAAAAUUGUAUUA